UCAUAAGGCAGCAGAAGAAAGGAGAGGAAUGUGAAAAGUGGAGAGGGAGGAAUAAUGAAGAGGGGGAGGAAAAGAGGGGAAGGAAGGGGCCAAAAAGGUCUGGAGUUCUAAGAUGACUGACACACUGUAUGAAACUCUAGCUGUGCUAUUUAGUGGUGGAGUUAAAACAUUCCAUUGAGUGUGAUGUUCCGGAGGAGCCUAUCUUCUACCAUACAGCCUUCAGUAAUCACAAUCCCCUAUCCUAGUCUUCCUCAACAUUUAUUUAUGAAGUCCAGCUUGGCAUGUAUUGUGAUAUAAGAGUGACACACAGUCAAGACCGCAUUCCCCUAUCAGAUCGACUAUAAGCUUAAGAUCGCCACUGUGGAAGAAGACAGAGCUCUUCAGAGAAAUAUAGAGGGAGAGGAAGGGGAUUUGGUGCCCUGCCUGGGGAGUUACUGAACGUUUAAUGCAUGGGAAUGGCUGCGGGGGGAGACGUGAGGUUUACAGAAGACAAAAAUGGCUCAAGAAACUAACCAUAGCCAAGUGCCUAUGCUUUGUUCCACUGGAUGCGGAUUUUAUGGAAACCCUCGUACAAAUGGCAUGUGUUCAAUUUGCUAUAAAGAACAUCUUCAAAGGCAGAAUAGUAGUAAUGGUAGAAUUAGCCCUCCUGCAACUUCUGUCAGUAGUAUAACUGAGUCUUUACCAGUACAGCACAUAGAAGGCAGUGUCCCGGAAACUCAGUCAUCAUUAGACUCUACAUCUACCCAGUCUAUGCAGCCAAGUCCUGUGUCAAACCAAUCACUUCUAACAGAAUCUGUAGCAUCAUCCCAAGCAGAAAUUACAGCUGUGGACAAAACAAUUCCUGAAACAGAAGAUUUGCAAGCUCUAGUGUCGGAGAGUGCAGUUUCUACAUCUGAAGAACAAGACAAGUUACUUGACAAACCAAAACAGAAAAAGAAUCGUUGUUUCAUGUGCCGGAAGAAGGUGGGACUUACUGGGUUUGAAUGCCGAUGUGGAAACAUUUACUGUGGUGUGCACCGUUAUUCAGAUGUACACAGUUGUUCUUACAAUUACAAAGCUGAUGCUGCUGAGAAAAUCAGGAAAGAAAAUCCUGUAGUUGUUGGGGAAAAGAUUCAGAAGAUCUGAACACUGCUAAUUCUGCUGGAAUAUAAAAUCCCCUGACUAUCUGCAGAUUAAAUUGACUUGAGCUUUUUCCUUAGUCAUCAGGAAUGUAGAGCAGUGUAUCUUGCCUAGACCUUUUAAUCAUGCAUGUCAUCAGAAGAAUAGAUUUUUGUUUUUGUUUGUUUUGAAAAUGACUCAACAUUUAUUUUCAUUGCAGUUUUUGUGGCUGAAGACUUAAGUAAACUUUACAAGUAUUAUCCUUUAAGAUCAUUUUAAUUUUAGUUGAGUGCAGAGGGCUUUUAUAACAAACACAGAGAGAACCUGGGAGGGCUGUGCUUUUCCAGUACAAAACGUGCAUGCAUUAACUUUGCAGUUUAUUUUCUUGUAUAGCUAUUCUCUGCAGCACGAUUUUCUUUUUUGGUAAUGCCUCAUGGCACAACUAGUUAUCAGUAACUGAAUGUAUUUUAAUCAUUAUGGCUGCUUCUGGUUUUCAUUAACAAAAAAGGUUAUACAUAUUAGCAUAUUAGCUUGUUUGCACCCACUACCUAUUUAUGUAUGAAUCAUUUGUAAUGAGAGAGUGUGUGCUGAGAUUAUAAGUUUGUGUGGUUUUUAAAAAAAAUAGAUUUUGUUUUCGUGUGUGUGUGUGUGGGGGCGGGGUAGGCUAGUAUGCACUUCAUUGCUGACUGAAGGUUUCACUGGGAUUACAUUCAUCAGUCUGUAUGUACACACAUGAAGAAUGAUCUGAAGUAACUGUGCUGUAUUUAUGUUUAUCCAGGUCUUAACUUUGAUUAAAUAAAAUUUUAAAAAAUUGGGUUAUU